ACCGGCAAAUCGUCGACGGCGCCGCUCGCCGUCAUGGUUUGUGUGUACGACGGGGCGCAGAUCCUGUGCGUGCGGGCGUGAGUUCGUGAACACCGCGACGUACCGUCAGAGAGAGUGUGCGUUGUGUAUGUGUUUAUGUAUUGGCGUGUGCGCGGAUGUGUGCGUGCGUGUGCGUGUGUGAAUUGCCGGUGGAGUUGCUUUUGACUGUUAAACCUUAAACGGGAAUACAUUUAAUAAUAUUAUAAUUUAAAAUAAAAAUAAAACAUAAAUCAUACAAAUAAAACACAAAUUAAUGUCAACGCCAAAAAGUACAAUAUAGUUAGGUAGUAUAAUAGUAUACCGUGAAUGUAACCCAAAUAGAGUAAUAGUGAUGGUAGUUGUGUGUCUAACCUACACGAAAUUUAGAAAUUUGAACGAAUUACGAAAAAUCUAAAUACCAUUGAAGAUAGAACAGAGUCCGGGAACGUCGUCUCGCUCACGACACACGACGUGCAGUACAACUACUACACUACUACUACUACUACUACUACAACUACUACUACUAUACUACUACUACCACACGGAAUAUUGUUUACCACUACUGCUACAUAAUACACACAUCAUAUAUACAUACAUAAACUAUUAUUAUUAUUAUUAUUAUUAUAUUAUUAUCGUUGGUUGUAAAAUUUUCGUUUCUUAUCGACACGGAUCUUUCGUUUGUGUUUGUCUCGUUCGCGAAUUCGCGAUAGACCUUGUACGGAUUUUCACUGCCGUUGUAGUUCGGAAGUGAGUUUACACGCACGGGACUGGAAUCGAACUCGAGUCGUUGCCGCCGCCGCCGCCGCGUAACAUGCAUUUUGGCCGCCGUCGCUGCAGUUGUUUCUACGUUAAAAGUGUCACGGCGCCUACAUGAAUGGUUGUCGUUCAUGUUGUUGCCGCUUAGCUACGACGCCGCGAUAUCAAUACACGACAGAAAUUAUGAUGUGAUUGUGUCGAGAGACUAUGUCCGGAAAUAAAUCCAAAACUGAUUAAUUUCAAUUACGUCAAACAAUGUCAGACGGCGACACCAAUGAAGAUCUGCUAAAUAGCAGUAUUUAGUUGGUUCAGAAGAUUAUGGAUUCAUAUGAGUUGUUUGGAGAGGAUGUGGGUGGAAACAUGUUGGAAGGUUUAUCUGAAUUGGGAGGAGAUAAUUUCACAGAUGUGGCUGGCCGUGGAAGUCAACCCCCUGCAAAUACAGGUUAUGCCCAAUCGCAACCAUAUCAGUUACCUGGAGAAAUGCAUGGUCACCAAGGGGAGUCUCCACUACAAAAACUUGCAUCAUUUGGACCCCCAAGUGGUACAGGGCCAAGUGCACCGGAUUACAACCCUGGUAAUCACAUGGAUCAUUUUCAUACUAAUCACUCUGGAUCAGCUUAUGGAGCAAGUAGGGUUUCUUCAGGUCUAAGACCUAAUUUAGGACAAUCUGGACCGCCACAGUAUUCACCUUACUCAGAUGCUGCUGCAGGCAUGUAUGGUGCCACUGAUCAAGCUGCUCUACAAGCUUGGUCUAAUUAUCCUGCUCCAGGUAUUAGUAGGCAUUAUCCACACAUAGCUCAACCAUCUUACAGACAACACAUGAGUUAUCAACAACAACCCAGUCAAGAAAAUCAACAGAAACCGGGCCAGUAUGUAUCUAUGAUGACUUCACAUCAAACUCCAUCUAGUGUUUAUUCGCGAAGUCAACAACAAUCAAUGGCGCCUUAUCAAAAUAUGAUGUAUUCUAAUACUUCACCAGGGUAUUCUGCUUAUGGUCAUCAACAGAACACUACUACUGUUUCUUCACGGAUACCACCACAUCACAUGCAACAAUAUCCACAACAACAAAUGCAAAUGCCUGAAAUUCCUAAUCCUCAAGCUCCGUCAAACUACAAUCAUUUACAAACMCAAAUGACUUCUCAUCCAGCAUUUUCACAGCAACCUCAACCACCUCAACAACAACAAUCUCAACCACAACAACCACAACAACAAAUGCCACAAAGAUCAUUAGGAAUCGAUGUACCUAGUAAUCCUUCUUAUGGACCACCUAGUGGGGGUAACCAAAGUAAACCUCAUACUUCUCAAGGAGGAAGUCCUCAGCCACAAUACCGUGCACAGUUUCCCCAACUGUCACCCCAAAUGUCUCCACGACCUCAAAUGUCACCUAGACCACAAAUGUCUCCAAGGCCUGUAAUGUCACCAGCAAAACCAACAACACAUUCACCACAUCCUCAUUCCGCUCAAUCUAAUAUGUCUCCGAGGCCUGCUACAGCAUUAACCCCAAAAGCAGUGGCUACUUCUAGCCCAUCUCCUUAUGCUCAACAGAGUACCCUUCAACAACUUGAACAAAUGGUGAUGCCUACAGUUAAUACUAACCCAACCACCGAUUACCCAGGAUAUAGAAGUGGCUUACAAGCUAAUACUUCACCUCAUUGGCAGUCAGCACCAAGACCUCCACAUAACGGAGGAAUGGUUUCUCAAAAUAUUAAUGACCAAGGAUUACCGGUUUAUUCAGCAAUGCCAUCUGAAGACCAAAAUCUGGAUUCUUCUAAAUCCCAAUCUAAUUCUAAUUCUAGUGAACCGCAACACAUUCCUGUUUCACAUUCUGCAGAUAUGCCUCCAACAUUAGAACCACAAACAAAUAUACCACCAGCACAACAGCAGCAACAAUUACAGCCAACAAAUCAGAACCCAAGUUCAAUGGAACAUAUGGGAUCUAACAGUAUGACUUCUACUAGUAUAGGUUAUAAUGACUCAAUGUCACAGUAUCAAAAUGGUAAUAAAAUGGAAGAAAUGAUCAACAAUCAACCAACUGAUGCACCUCAACAGAUACAACAUUCCCAAGCUUCGAUGUACGAUCCUAGAGGCCCUCCACCUCCAGGAAUGUACCAUUCUUCACCAAUUAGUCACCAACAAGAAAUGGCUGCAUUACAACAGCAACUUCAAGAAUUAUAUUGUAUGCCACCUUCUGGGCCUGAUCAUCAAUUAAGGAUAAAUCAUAUUCAAGACAGAAUAUCCAUUCUGCAACAACAUGAGGCAAAUGAUCAAUGUAUGGGUGGUGUACACUGUCCAGUUGUCAACCCUAUGUAUCAACCUGCUAUAAUGGAACCGGCUGUACCAGUGGUGUCUGGACGUGGAAGAGGAAGAGGGCGUGGAAGAGGAAGAGGUACUACUUCAGGUGAAGGCCGAGGGACACCCAGACCUAGAAAAAGCAGGAAAAAAGCCCAAGAGCCUGAACAAAUUCCAUUUUCUCCUCCUUUAUUACAACCAGAAAUGCCAACACAUCCAAUGGUGCCACAAGAUAUGAUGCCAUUGCAUAUGAAUAUGAGUCCUGGUAUGCCUCAACCUCAUCAUAUGAUGGCUCCCGGAAUACCACAUAUGGGAAUGCCACCUAACCCCAUGCAUCAUGAACAUAUACCGCAAUCGUCUAUGUAUAAUAAUUCAGAUGCUUCAUAUCAUCACCAUAUGCAGUCCUUAGGAUGUCCACCACAGCAACAUGUGCCUCAACAACCUCCUCCACAACAGUUGCAACAGUUGCCUGUGCAGCAACCAAUUAUACCCUGCACUUCUGAGUCACAAAUAGUAUCAAAUUCUGUUCCUUAUCCAGAGCCUAUGCCUCCAGUUCACCUUGAACAACCUAUUCAAAUAUCUCCUGAACAACAACAGCAACAGCAACAUCCUCCACCACAACAGCCACAACUAGAAGAAUUGCAACAACAACAAAUACAAGAACCACCAAUAAUGCCUCAGUCUCCAGUUGAAUCAGAGUCAUUAUCGCGUGCUGAAUCUCCUUUGGUGGAGCCAAUAAACCAAUCUCCUCCGCCACCUGAAUCUGAAGUACUGUCACCACAAGCUCCAACAGAAGAGAAAAAAGAUUCUGAUCCUGAUAUUCAAUCACCAAUUGGAAGUCCUACUGUGGAAAAACCAGUCAUAGAUAAUGAUAAUACUUCAGUUGUUUCUCAUCAGUCUAGAUCAUUAUCACCAGCGGAAUUAAAUGAACCACAAUCUCUUGAACGAGAUUGUUGGUCUGGUAGUGAACAUGAUCCUCCUCCACCAACAUUGACCGCAGAAGUUUCACCUCCAACAUCUCCAAAAGCUGAAAAUGAAAUAACUGAAUCAAGUAUUUUCAAUUUCACUGAAGAUGAAGAACCUCCCCCACCACUUCAUUCAUUAUCUGAUGGAUCUCCUCGGAAAUUAAAAGCACUAACAAAAACGAAAAAAUCACAAUCUCCAAAAACAAAAAAGCCUAAAGCAACUAAAGUUCCUAAAUCUAAAGCAAAAGAUCGUAAGAAAAAAGAAAUUACUUUAGAACCUGAAACAGUUGAAGAAACUCCUCUUCCUCCUCCUCCAAAGCCUAAAAGACAAUCAAAAAAAAAGAAAAACACUACACCUGAAAAUAAAGUAUCUGAAGACAUAGAUAAAAGUAAAAAUACAUUGGAAAUAAAGCAAGAGGGAGUAAUUGAUGAAAUUUCUCCUGAUGAACUGGAAAGUAAAGUCGACGAAACAGUCGAAAAAGAGUUGGAUGAUACUGAGCUCGAUACAAAUCUCGAGAAGAAUGAUAAAGAAGCUAUAGCUGAUGAAUCACUUGCAGACGUAGAGUCAUUAUCUGAAAGUCAACCAGAGCAGCCAACUAAAUCUUCAAAAUCAUCUAAACGUAGUACUGAUCGAAAGUCAAAAAGUCGUAGCAGUCGUGCAUCCAAGCGUAAGAAACCUAAACCGCUGGUAACAAAUGAGUCUGAAAAUGAUGAGCCUAAUGUUACACCACCGCCGUCGCCUGAAGGGGAUGAUAAUAAACGAAGAUCUGGUAGACAUACACAAAGAAAAAAGUAUGUGGAUGACAUCAUGUUAGCUAUGUCUGAUGAGGAUUCACGAAAAUCUUCUUCUCCUCAACGUUCCAAAACCGCAGUUUCUGGUAAUGUAAAUGAAAAUAAACAAACAAGUCAAGAUAAAAAUGGAAAUGGAAGUAAUUCCGUUAAGCCCAAUAUGGUAUAUAUAAAUGUAACCGAUGAGGAUUCAAUGGUUGUUCAACACAUAUUAGCUGUUCGAAAAGGUACAAGAGAAGCUACCAAUUUAAAUAAAGAUGAUAAAAAUUCAACUAGUGAUAAUGAAGGGGAAAUUAAAAAAGAAAUCGAAGAAGUUCAAAGUGAUGAAAAAUCAGAUGAAAAACCUGAUGUAAAAUCUGAAAAGAUGUCAGAAGACUUACCUGAUGAAAAAUCUGUUGUCAAACCUGAAGAAUCUGAUACAACUUUAAAAACAGAACGUGAUGAAUCUGUGAAAAAUGAUGAAACUGAACAAAAUGCAGAUGAAAAUGAAGAUGGUUCAAAGAAAACUAUUGAAGUCGAUGAAUAUUAUGUUAAAUAUAGAAAUUUUUCAUACCUUCAUUGUGAGUGGAAAACCGAGGAAGAAUUAUUGAAAGGUGACAAGAGAAUUGCUGCUAAACUUAAAAGAUUUAAACAAAAAAUGGCAAAUAAUACUAAUAUUUUUGAAAAUCUCGAAGAAGAACCUUUCAAUCCUGAUUACAUUGAAGUAGAUCGUGUUCUUGAUGUAUCGGAACAAUUAGAAGAACCAAAUGCUGAAAAACCAACUAAGUACUAUUUGGUUAAGUGGCGAUCACUUCAAUAUGAAGACAGUACGUGGGAAUUAGAACAAGACGUUGAUCCAGCUAAAAUUGAAGUUUUUGAAAGAAUCAGAUAUACACCAUCAAAAGAUCAAUGGAAGCCUAAGAAAAAACCAUCUCCUAAUGAUUGGGUGAAAUUAGAUAAAUCUCCUGUAUAUAAAAGCAACAACACUCUUAGAGAAUAUCAAUUAGAAGGCCUUAACUGGUUACUUUUUUCUUGGUAUAAUGGACGCAAUUGUAUCUUGGCUGAUGAAAUGGGUCUUGGUAAAACAAUACAAUCAUUAACAUUUAUUCAUGCUGUUCAUGAAUAUGGUGUGCGAGGUCCAUUUUUAGUUAUAGCUCCAUUAUCAACAAUUCCAAAUUGGCAAAGAGAGUUUGAAGCAUGGACUGACUUGAAUGUUAUUGUUUACCAUGGAUCAUCUCAUAGUAGAAAUAUGGUACAGCAAUAUGAAAUGUAUUAUCGAAAUGAAAAAGGGACUAUUAUCAAGGAUAUAACAAAAUUUGAUGUUCUUAUUACAACGUUUGAGACCAUUAUAUCUGAUUGUAUGGAACUUCGAGACAUCRGUUGGCGACUAUGUGUAAUUGAUGAAGCUCAUCGUCUUAAAAAUAGGAACUGUAAACUGUUAGAAGGGUUACGUGCAUUAAACCUUGAACAUAGGGUUUUAUUGUCUGGAACACCACUACAAAAUAAUGUAAAUGAACUAUUUUCUUUACUUAAUUUCCUCGAACCAACACAGUUUUCAAGCUGUGAAGAUUUCUUACAAGAGUUYGGGGCUUUGAAAUCUGAAACUGAAGUACAAAAACUUCAAUUAUUAUUAAAGCCUAUGAUGUUAAGAAGAUUAAAAGAAGAUGUUGAAAAAUCAAUUGCYCCUAAAGAAGAAACUGUUGUUGAGGUGGAAUUGACCAACAUUCAGAAAAAGUACUAUAGAGGAAUUUUAGAGAAAAAUUUUUCAUUUUUAUCGAAGGGAACCACUUCAGCCAAUGUACCUAACCUUAUGAAUACAAUGAUGGAAUUAAGAAAAUGUUGUAUUCAUCCUUAUUUAUUGAAUGGCGCUGAAGACCAAAUUCAAUAUGAUUAUCGUAAUUUGAAUGGUGAUGAUCCAGAUGUUUAUUAUAAAGCUUUAAUUCAUUCAUCUGGUAAAAUGGUAUUAAUUGACAAAUUGUUACCAAAACUCAAAGACAAUGGACACAGAGUAUUAAUUUUUAGUCAGAUGGUGCGAUGCUUGGAUAUUAUUGAAGAUUAUUUAGUGUAUAGAAAAUAUCCGUUUGAAAGAUUAGAUGGUAGAAUUCGAGGAAAUUUACGUCAAGCUGCUAUUGAUAGAUUUUGCAAACCUGACUCUGAUAGAUUUGUAUUUUUAUUGUGUACUAAAGCAGGAGGAUUGGGUAUUAAUUUGACUGCUGCUGACACUGUUAUUAUUUACGAUAGUGAUUGGAAUCCCCAAAACGAUCUUCAGGCUCAAGCACGUUGUCAUAGAAUUGGUCAACAGAAAAUGGUUAAAGUAUAUAGACUUUUAUGUCGGAAUACUUAUGAAAGAGAAAUGUUCAAUAAAGCAUCUUUAAAACUUGGGUUGGAUAAAGCAAUUCUUCAAAGUAUGAAUACUGCACAAGGAAAAGAUUUAAACAACAAACAACUUACUAAAAAAGAAAUUGAAGACUUAUUAAAGAAAGGAGCUUAUGGUGCUGUUAUGGAAGAAGAUAAUGCAGGUGAUAAAUUUUGUGAAGAAGAUAUAGAUCAGAUUCUAAAACGUAGGACUCAAGUCAUUACAUUGGAAAGUGAAAAAGGAUCUACUUUUUCAAAAGCAAGUUUUGCAUCUAGUGGCAUUCGACAAGAUAUUGAUAUUGAUGAUCCUGAUUUUUGGAAAAAAUGGGCCAGGAAAGCUGACAUUGACACAUCUGAAGGAGGAGAUCAAAAUGAUUUAGUUAUAUCAGAACCACGUCGACGUACACAAAUUAAACGUUAUGGUCAUGAUGAAGCUGUGAUGGACAUGUCAGAAUUGGAAUCAUCUGGUUCUGCUGAUAGUGAUGUGGACAAUAGUUUAGGAGUCGGUCGUGGAAGAGGACGCCGGACUAGAAAAAGCAAAAAAUUACGUACUAAAUUUAUACCAGAUGAUUAUGUACCUAAAGAUGGUGAAGUCGCCUAUGGAUGUUGGACCAGAAGUGAAUGUUUUWAAGUUGAAAGGGGAAUUUUAACUUUUGGUUGGAGUCGCUGGCCAGAAAUMAUUCAACAUAAUGACUUUCGUGAAGGGUGGAAAGAAAGUGAUGUGGAGGAUCUUGCUCGGAUUGUUAUUUUAUAUUGUUUGCGUUUCUAUCGUGGGGAUGAAAAAAUACGGUCCUUUAUUUGGGAUCUCAUUACACCAGAUAAUAUUUCAACUGAUGAUUCUCCUUCUCAUGGUGGUCAAAGUUCCCGUGGAUCAAAAAAAUAUAGAAAGCCUAAACAAAAAGAUUUUAACACURCUCAAUUAAUUGAUGAAGAACAUUGGAGUAGAAACAGCAAAUAUGAUGGAGAUUUGUUUUUAGAAAGCAAUUAUCGUAAACAUUUAAGUCGACAUGCAAACAAAGUUUUAUUGCGAAUACGUAUGUUAUAUUACAUUAAAAGUGAUAUAGUUGGUGAGUUCGCAUUACAAGUUGCUGAAGGUGUUCAUGUCAGUGCCUUACCGAUUAAUACACCAAUUUGUGAUUUAACUCCUGCGCCUUGGUGGGACCGUGACGCAGAUCGUUCACUUUUGGUAGGAACGUAUAAACAUGGUUUUGAGUCCUAUAACCAAAUGAGAAGUGAUCCAGCUUUGAGUUUCCUUGCUAAAUGUGGCCCACCGACACUCGAAGAAAAAGAAACAUCAGUAACAAAAUUCAAUGAUAUCGAAGAAAGUGCUGAAUUACCUUUAAACUCUGAAGAAGUAUCAUCAGAGCCACCAACUCCUCUAGCAACUGAAGAUAACGCUAUAGCACCACCAACACCAACAUCUACCACAGAUGAAUACAUAUGGCCGUCAAUUGGUGAUCUUAACAACAGGGUUAGACGAUUAAUAAGUACCUGCCAGAGAAACUUCAAAAAAGAAGAACAAAAGUUGGUGCAAAAAGCUAAGGAUGUGACCAUGUAUAAAUAUGAUCUCGGAUCGCCGAGAUCUUUGAUGGAUUCCAUCAGUUCAUCACAGGCAUUGCCGCUAGGAGAAUCAACGUGCGCAGCGACGUCAGGUACAGCCCAAUUACCAGGAGACGUUGCCAGCCUCCUUGGUACGGGACAGCCCGGAUGGGACUGGCAACAACUGGCCAUGUAUCUUUGGAAGGUGGAAAGACGAGAAAAAUAUGAACAAUUUGUAAGGGAACGUGAACGUCAAAGACUCGAAAUAAGCCAGAAAAAAUGGACUCGUAAAGAAGAGCAAGAAUUUUAUAGAGCUGUUACUGCUUAUGGUGUAGAUUAUGACAGGGUUUCGAAGACUUAUAAUUGGACUAAGUUUAAGAGUGUUGCUAGAUUAGAAAAGAAAUAUGAUGAUACAUUAACUGAAUAUUUCCGCUCGUUUUAUGCAAUGUGUAAACGUUUAUGUGGUCAAACUUUAACAGAAGAAGAAGAACUUUGUGAUUUCCCUAUGGAGAUGAUAAAUGAAGAACGAGCUCGACGAGCACUUGAUCGUAUUAAUUUAAUUGUUAAAAUACGAGAAGAAACAUUGAAUCAUCCACGUCUAGAUGAACGUUUAAAAGGUUGUCAAGUAUCUGCUGAUGUGCCUGAUUGGUGGCAACCGGGGAAACACGAUAAAGACUUACUCAUUGGAGUUUCAAAGCAUGGUUUAGGAAGAACAGAUUUUUAUAUUCUUAAUGACCCUGAGUUAUCAUUCAGAGAAAUCGUUCAAAAAAAUUUGUUAUCAGCUGUAUCUGGAUCGUUUACUACAGAAAUGCUUGAAGCUGCUAAAUUGGAAUCAACUAAAACGGAAGCAGUUAAAUUAGAUGCAACCAAAGGAGAAGCAGUAAAAUUGGAUACCGCCAAAACGGAAACUGCUAAAUCAGAUGUAACCAAACUAGAUSUUGUUAAAACCGAAGCCAUUGAAGUUGAAUCAGUCGAUUCUGAAACCAUUAACUCUGAAAUACCAAAAUCUGAAACCGCUAAGACUGAAAAAGUGGAUUCAGAAAUAAAAAUAGAAUCGGUUGAGUUACAAGAAACAGWAGUAGAAAAAGUCGAAAUCAAUGAUGWUUCAACUUCUGAUAAAACCGAGUCGACAAGAACUGAAACUAUUGCUGCUAAUAUAAAUGGUGAUUUAGUGAAUACUCCUGAUAACAAAGCAGAAAUUCCAUCAAAUGAAGAACCUAAAGAACAUUUGGAUUUAGACAAUGAAGGAAGUGAAAAACCAGAUAUACCUGAUGAUAGUAGUAAAGUAGAAGUAUCUGAUAUUCCAAMAGAGCAAUUAAAUGAUAAAUCUUCUGAUGAAAUACCUGAUCAUCAGAAUGAAGAUGAAAAAUCAGAAAAUACUACAAGUGUAGAAAGCAAACAGACUGAUGACAAAGAGAAAGAUGAAUUGAAAAAUAUUGAAGUAGAAAAUACUGUAAAAAGUGAUGAUGUUGAAUCUAAAACUGAAUCUAUUAAAAAUGYCAUUAAUGAGGUUCCUUCAGACACGAUUGUUAAAUUUGAUACUAAAGUUACUGAACCCGUUGUUAAACCUAAGGAAUGUUCAUCAUCUGUAGAGAGUGUAGAUAGAUUAAAAGCUAUGUUUCCAGAACUGGAAGUUGUACACAAAGAUGUAUCUAAUCCAACCAUUGAUAAAUUACCAGUGCAUAAGCCUCUGCAACAGAUUGACCAAACAAUUGCUCAUCUCUUAGCAACUAGCUAUCAAAAUCCAAUUAAAUGGCCUAAAGAACAUGCACUAGUGGUCCGUCUACAGCAUAUAGUAGAGUGUGUUGAAACAGGUGAAUGGCCUGUUAGCAAGAAAUUUUCUGCUUAUGCUCAAAAUCCAAAUAUGUGUGGAAUGGGAAUAGAAGAAACUGAUAUAACUGUUUCUAAAAGAGAUGUUGGUGUAUCUCAUGAUCAUUUAAAUUUAUCCGAUAUUCAUAAUGAACAUUCAAGUUUGAAAUCUAAUAAUAUUAUGGCUCAUUCAAAUCCUAAUUUAAAACGUAAACGUCAUAUUGCUAUUGAUGUUGAGACUGAAAGAGCUAAACUGCAUGCAUUAUUAAAUACAAACUCUAUCCCAGCUCAUCCAAUCAAACACUCUCCAGCUCCUAUGUGGGAACAAACAGAUGAAUCACUUUCUGAAGAUUCAAGGCGUUCAACUCCAGUUACACCACAACUCAUUCAGCCGCCACCAGCUCAUCAACAAUCUCAUAACACACCUUCACGAUUAAUGAAUUUGGGAUAUGAUCUUAAAGUGUUGAACAAUCCAAAACCUCCAACUACUGUUGCUGCUACAACACAAUCUACUGGACCUAUGGAUUUAUCUUCUGGUGGUGCUACGCAAGUUGGAUGCAUGGAUUUGAGUUCAGGACCAAGAGCAACGUCUGUGUCUAUCAAUGAGGCUCAAGAUUUUUCAAUGCCAUUCAAAAAUAAACCUGUUCAAAAUAUAACUCAAACGUCUUCAUCUACACCUCCAAAAAGCAAAUUAGAUGACAUGUUAAACAAACUAAUGCAAAAAAAAAAUUGUGUUCGCACACCUCGCCCUGCUGAUGAACCCGUUGUUGGGAAGGAAAUGAAACGCCGUAAACUAGAUGAAAUUGUUUUUGGUCUCUCUGCUGCCAAAGAACAGCAAUCGUUACCUUCGUCAGAGCAGAAAAAACACUUGGCAUCUACUUCUACUGCUCACAAUUAUCCAACCCCUUCAAAUAAAUCACAACAAAAUAUGACACAACAAAUUGGAGUAGCUCAUAGACAAUCUGGUAAAUUAGAUCCACUAGCAGCUUAUUUAUCUUCUCAAGUUCAUGAACAGCAAUCUAAUUUACUUAAGCAACAUACAACAUUACAACAGCAACUUGCUCAACAGCAACAGGUAUUAAAAAUGUCUCAAGCAUCAAAUGCGUCGUCUGUAUCUCAAACACAACGUAAAAUGUAUGAAGCAAUGAUGGACAGUAUGGCAAAGAGUACUGCUGAGUAUUCGGGGAAACUAAAUGCUUCAUCAUUUUCUCAAGAAUCUAAAGUUAAUAAAUGGUUAGCUGAACAAAACGCGCUAAUGACUGACCAACAAAUGUCUGCAGACUUUUUAUCAGCUCCAAGAAGGAGGCGGCCAAGGGUAGAUCCUACAUUAUUGGAUUGGAAAAAAUUAACUGGCGAAGAAAAUGUAUCUGUUAUAAAUAGAACAACAGGAAAGAAGUUAACUGGUACAAAAGCUCCACAGUUGAAAAGGAUUGGACAAUGGCUUCUUGAAAAUCCAGCUUAUGAUGUAGAUCCUAAAUGGGCAGACUUAGUUAAAGAACGUGGAAACCUCACUCAUGAUUUACAAAAGCGCUUACCUCAAACAGAACGCAAAAAAGGCCCUGGUCGACCACCAAUGCAAUCUGGAGAAAGCCCAUCUAGUCAAUCUUUAUCGGCUAAUCAACCUUCAACAUCAAUGGCACCAAAUCUUUCUUUUCCGUCGUUGGCAUCAGCCGGUCUUGGUGGAUUAAAUCCAUCUACUUUGUUAUCAAGCUUGUCCAUGGGAAAUUUUGACCCUAAAAAUAAUCCUUUGCUAAUGCCAUUUAGUGGAUUGCCAAAUAUUGGUGCUUUAGGAGGUAUGGGAGGAUUGAGUAAUAUGAAUUUAACCAAUUCCUUAUUUGCCAACCUCGCUGGUCUAGGCCUUCCUGGCUUGGCUGGUAUGGAUCCAUCGAGUUUAAACGAUAGUUCUCAUUCAACACAAAGUCCACAGUCGAACUCUAAGUCUUCCAAGUCCAGGAAAUCAGAAUCUAAUAGUAAAAAUAUUCCAUCCUCAUCAGCUAAUGUACCUUCAAGUAUGCCUGGUUCGUUGCCAUUUUUCUUUCCAAAUCCUAGCUUGUUAUAUACGCCUUUGGGUUUGGGUGGAUUAAAUCCAUUUUCAUUGCAACCAGGAGCUAUAUCAUCUGCAUACGAUAGUCUUUCGUUGUUGAAUGGUAGYUUAAACGUUUCAUCACCUAACACUUCUCAAAACUCACUUUCUCGUCAUAAAACAUCAAGUAGCCGUGGUCAAAAUUCUAAUGUUAGCACUGUUACAUCGUCUAGCCARAGACAACCAAGGACCAGUACACAUCAUCUUCCAUCACCAACUCAAAGUUCUACAGAUCUUCUUGAGAAUUUAACAAGAGCUGGGCGUAAUUUACCUCCUCCAGAUUUAUCAAAAACCCGUAAUUCAAGAGAUGUUGACAAUUUGCGUUCCCUAAUGUCAAGUAUUCCAUCAUUUAAUGUAUUAGCAGCGGGUACUCUAGCAAGUGGUAAUGAUUCAAAAAAAACUAGAGAGCAAGAGAUGAGAGAAGCUCUUGAGAACUUAAGUAAAGCUUCACCUGAGCUAUUUGCUCGUUCAUUGCCUGAUGACAAAAAAUUUAGUUUCCCAUCCAUGGAAAUGAUUGAGAAAACUUUAAAGAGACCAUCGGAUCAAAAUACAUCAAAUGAAAGACCAAACAAACGAGCUAAAGAUAUGAUAUCACCAAUUACAAUACCUGUUCCUCAUACUAUGACAAAAUUACCAUCUAUUAAUAGGGAAAAUCUAUCAGAAUCUGGUAUUGAUUUAUCCGGUACUAUUAAAGCUAAAUCUCCUGAAAAACAAAGAGAAAAAUUUAAAAAAAUGGAUAUUCCUCAAUCCACUAAUAUAGACGCGGAAUGUGAUUCACAAUUAUUAGAUAAAUGCGAUUCAGAAAGCAUAGAUAUGACAAAACAUUAUGAUGAAAAUGAUGAUAAAAAUGGAGGAAAAAACCGUAAAAGAUGUCGAUUAAAGAAAACUUCUGUUGAUGAGAAUGUCGAGCGUAAGAACUUACGAAGUAAUGCWGGCAGAGCUGCCGCAGCUGCAGCUGCAAGAACGAAGUCGCAUUCACCAUCGCCAACACCAGAAUAAUGGAUUUAUUAAAAUUUCCUAGCUACGUCUCGAAGAGGUUUAAAACCAUUCUUAGUAUUUGAUGCUCAGAUAAGCAUUUCUUGAUUGUUUUAAUACAAUUUUUUUUUCUUAAAAGUAUUAUUUUUUUUUUUAAAUAGUAUUUUUAAGAUAUCWUUUUCUUAUUUGGUUUGACGUUUAAGUUUUUUAAAAAUAUAUUUGUUUAAUUCUUGAUUACUUCAAACCUUAAGCUCAAAUUUGAUAUUUGAUUUUUAUAAUUUUUGUUCAAUUGAAUUUAUCAUCUAAAAGAUAAGUGCCGUUUUACUAUAAUAGAUCAUUUUGAGGCAUCCGUGAUGUAAAUAUAUUUUAUUGCUCUCUAAAAUUGAAAAAGAAUGAGUAAACAAAUCUAUUUUUUAAAAUGUCGAUUCCCUGAUUUUUUUUAUUAUUUUUUUUUUAAAAUUUUGUUUAGUGAUUUUUUAUACAACUGUGAUAGUGUAUUUUCAAUAUGGUGAACUUACACUUAGUAGAUGUAUUUGUGCAUUUGUAAAGAAAACUUAUACUUGUACUACACAUAUAAAUUAUACGUUUUCUUCCUGGUCAAUAAUCAUACAUAUAAAUACAUAUUUUUAUUUUUUCCGACAAUUAUCAGUUUUAUUUUUAAACUAGUAUUCUGUUGCUAGUUAAUUUUUAYCCUUUUUUGAGCAGCUAGUGUGUCGCAUACGCACACACAAAUUUAUGAAUGUUUAUGUAAUUAUACUGGUAUUUAGUUGUUAAUAACAUUUUUUUUUAGUCAUGUGACCACAUUUCCUCAGUCACCAUUGUUUAUGUAUAACCCCCAUACAUGUUCGAUGUAUUUUAUGUGUAACCUAUUUUUGUAUAUAUGUUAUAUAAUUCUAUAUAAAUAUGUGUAUACAUAAACAAAUAAUA